GCAAAGACAAAAAAGCGAAUCGACGAUUGACAAUUUCCUGAAGGGAGGUGCUGCUUAUCACUCCCAACAUCUCCUGCGCUCACCGGAGGACAGGACACUCUGUGGAGCUCUGAGCUGCGCACACACAAUGGACUGAAACUCCCGGACAGAGAGCAGUAGUCUAUUGUCAGCUGUGAAACCCUCCGCCACAAAUAAGUGACUUCCUUCGAGACACAAUUUAGUCUCUGGACGUUCAGCUCUCAUCAGAUAUGAUUCAGAGGAACGAGGUUGUGCUGUCCGUUCUGGGGGAGCUCCAGGAGGCCACAGAGAACUCUGGCCUGGAUGCUCUGACCAGAGCAGCCCUGGAGGUGGACCAGGUCCUUGCUCCCUUCCAGCUCCCCAGGACCCCCUGUCAGGAUUUCCCUGAGUGGGAAGGCGUCGAUGACAUAGCUCACGGCCUGUACCCAGCCGAUGCUCCCGGAGGCCUCCUGCCACUGAACUGCAAGGGAGAGGGCAACAUGCUGUUUGAUGCAGUCAGCAUGUUAUUAGUGGGCAACACUGGACUUAGCUUGGAGCUACAGGUACGGACAGUAGUGGAAAUGGUGCUGUGGAAAAGAUACUACCUAUCUGGGAUGAUUGAUUCAAAAAUGAUGCUCCAGGCUGUUCGCUUCAGCCUCUGUGCCGAGGAGUCUGAGGACAUGCUGAACUUGCCUGUAACCGUCUUGGAGGCCAUAUUUGAUGCAGAUGUGAAAGCGUCCUGCUUUCCAGGCUCCUACGCCAACAUGUGGCAUGUGUAUGCCCUGUCGUCUGUCCUACAGUUUAACAUCUACUCCAUCUACCCCAUGUUCAACCUCAAGAUCAGACCCUAUUUCAACCGAGUCAUACGCCCAAGGGCCUGGGCGAAAGACUCUGAGACACUAACCCUCCAUAUCAUGUGGUCUGGCGAGCUGCAAUCUGAAUCCUUGUUCAGGCCCAACCAUUUUGUUGCACUUGUCCAGACAAGUGACCUCACUAUUGGAAGCCCUGACAGCGAGCAGAGGUCCUCACCCACCAAGAGUGAGGAGCUGCUGAACCAGGACUCGCAGCUUUCGUACCCCAAUCUGAAGGACAAGUACAACAUCACCAAGAGGACCUUCUACCGCUGGAAGAGGCAGACGCAGGAGCACUGCAAAAAGUCAGCAGCCAGGUAUGAGGCAAAGCAUUUCCUGCAGGCAUGCUACUUGGAAGGUAAGCUUGUCCCCCUGCACCAGUUUAAAGAGUUUUUCCCUGAAAUCUCAAGGUCGUCCUACUACAACUGGAAGCACGAGCUCCUGAAAUCUGGAGGGAACUUCUCUACCUCAUCUUCGACUGGAGAGAUAAGUCCUGGAGAGAGCACAGAGCAGGAAGCCUGGUCUUCACCUGAAGCAAAGCAGUAUGAGCCAGACCACCAUGACAGCGUGGCCAGUAUGUUUGGCCUCAGCCUUGGCAAGCUGGAUAUAGAACGGGCCCAGAAUGUAGCUCAUAUGCAGGAAGCCAAGCGGUGUCUGCAAAAUUGUAUCGCCGUGAACACCUCCUUCCCAUUUAGGAUCUUCAAAAGAAAUUUCCCGGGGAUCUCCAGAUCAACCUAUUACAACUGGAGGAGAGAAGCAAUGCUGUUCAACAGAGGUUACAAAACCAGUGCUGGUAGCAGUGAGGACAGCUCAGAUGCUGACAAGAGCCAAAGUCCAAAAAGUCUCUCACCAGUCCUGCCGAACACCAACCAGCCUGUCAUGCCCAGAAUGAGGAUCUGCAGGCGAAAACACAGAAGUUUCAGACUGGCAUACAUGAGUAAAAAACAGCUCAGAGAUGCUGCAAAGCUGCAUGUCCAGAAGUCAAAAUGGUCCCUGACAAAGUUCAAGCUCAAGUUCCCAUCUAUGUCCCCCUGUUUCUACUGGCUGUGGCGGAGCAGUCAGAACCGCAACAGAAAGAAGAUGACGGUCACCCAGAGUGUAGAGAUCAACGUCCCUACAAGCCUGGUUAGCACCACUACAGAACCCAAGAUAACAGAGAUGAGGAUGGAUAGUCAGAAUGUACUCCCAUUUGUUGAGAGCCCUAAGUAUCUAGAAAAUUCCACCAUGCCCUCCUUUGAUGCCCCACAUUCAAAGCACACCCUCCAAAGCAAGACGCCGAUUGAUGAGCAGAUGUUUGCAAUGGAUGUUGUGGCUCUGGCCAACUUCAAGGCCAAGGCCAAGCUGUUCCUGCAGCAACGCUUCGAGGAGAAAUCCUUCCCAACCUUUAAAGAAUUCAGGUCUUACUUCCCUUUCACUCCACGCUCGACGUACUACAUGUGGAAGCGAGCUUUGUAUCAUGGGGUGUCACUGGUUCAUGGAUAAACGCACAAGGUUUUAUCCCCUUUAAAUGGCUGUUCAGGAGCAAAAUGAAAGCUUUGUUGAAAGAACUUCUUGACCCCAAAACUUAACUUUCACCUUUGUGCUACUGCAUCCUGUUGUUAAAUACUACCUACACAUUGCUGCAUUUGGACUUGUUUUCAUGUUCUAAAUAACUGUUGGCUUAGCCAGUGUAAUUGAAUCUAAAUGCAUUGUGUCCUCUGCCCCACCACCGCCACACAUUCCUCCCCCCUGGACAUUUGCACGUGUGUGAAAAGAAACUGAGUUGUGGGUCCGUUUAAACCCUGCAUGUUGCCCUCCAGGCAAAAGGCAGUUCAAAGCUGCUGUUUAGUGGCAUUUUGUUUGAAGCUGUUCCUUCUUCAUUCUCUUUUAAUCCCUGCUAAACAUUGUACUCGGGGCCCCUUAUUUUUCAUUGUAGCAUGAUUGUUAAUUCUUAAAUGUAUGCUUUUUGUUGAUGCGUGUAAUAUUGAUCUGGGAGAUUAUUGGUGGUUUAAUGUUUUUUUGAUUCUUUGAAUGUAAAGAGCAGCCAGUAUUUGUUUUCAGAGAUGAUUUACUCCUGCAAAUGUCCUCUGUAAUCAGGGUUCUAGUGCUUUUUGAUAUUUCUGCCUUUGGAUUGUUGAAUGUACUCACCUCAUGGUUACACUUGGUGCGCCAAAGUUUCGGUGGUUAUCUCAAGGUUUUGGCAUUUUAAUGACCUACUUUUAGAAUGCCUCUUUUUCUUUUGAUAUUCGACACUAUAAACUGUGAGUUUUGACACACUAUAUUUGCACUAAAAUAGUUCUCAUCACACUGUUGAAUGUAUUAUCUUAACCUUGUGCACCUUCUGGUUAAGAUCCCUAAUUUUUCAACAAUUCUAUUUUUGAAAAAUGUUGUCAUGGUUUCUAUACUUGAAAACUGAAUAUAAAUGAAGAUAUUUUUA